AAUAAUUUUGUUGUUAGAAACGGGUAAGGGUAAGAAGAAGAAGAAGAAGAAGAUGACGAUGACGAUGACGAUAGAGUGUGUUGCUUCGCCAUCGCGAAGCGCAUGUGUAACGCUAUCUUCUCAGGCUCUGCUGCCUCAACUGCAAUCCCCUAAAUCGGUUUCAUUUUCAUGGCUUUCUUCAUUUCCCACUUUAACCAACAUCUCUUUCUCUCCGUCGCCGUCGCCGUCGCCGUUGCUCUUGCGCACCAAUCCCUCACUCUUCAACGGUUCUUUUGUUCGCGCUGCCUGGACCCGAAGAUCUCGGGGUGAAGCUGCAAAGAGACCUAACAGGAAAUCAUGGAAGCAGAGGACAGAUAUGUACAUGAGACCCUUCUUAUUAAAUGUUUUCUUUUCAAAAAGAUUCAUUCAUGCAAAAGUGAUGCACCGAGGAACAAGCAAAGUCAUAUCUGUUGCUAACACUAACUCCAAGGAUCUUCGAAAUUCUCUUCCAUCCUUAACUGAUCAUGAUGCUUGUAGAGUAGUUGGAAGGCUUAUUGCUCAGCGCUCAAAGGAAGCUGAUGUGUAUGCAUUGGCAUAUGAACCCAGAAAGGAUGAAAGGAUUGAAGGUAAAUUAGGAAUUGUUCUUGAUACUAUCAAAGAAAACGGGAUUAUUUUUGUUUGACCCCAUUCCUUAUCAACAACUUAUCUCCUUUUAUUGCCUGUUACAAUUUCUAUUUGAUUUUGUGCGUUUAUGUUUUUUAUUGAUGAACUCCAUUCUUGUGGUUUUUAAUUGAAUUGUUUUAAUCUA